GCGGUGGCGGCUGCACCACCUCAUUGCUGCCAGCUGCGGUCCGGGCGGCCCCGCACGCCGGGUUCCAGCUUCGUCACCCCGUCGCGGGGGUCUUCCCUUUGGCCUCGAGAACCUUUCCCCUUCAACCCAACAACAACCCCCUCUCCGUCUCAGACGCCCAUUCACCGGGGAGGGUGGACCAUGUCCCAGCGAGUGAGGCGCAAUGGGUCCCCCACGCCGGCUGGUUCCCUCGGGGGCGGUGCGGUCACCACUGCUGGGGGAGCCGGGAGCCGCCUGCAGCCCAUGAGGGCGACAGUUCCGUUCCAGCUGAAGCAGCAGCAACAACAUGGCAGCCCCACGCGGAGCAGCGGCGGCGGCGGCGGCGGCGGCAACAACGGCGGCUGCUGUGGUGGCGCCUCAGGCCCCUCAGGCGGCGGGGGCCCGCGCACAGCCUCGCGCAGCACGAGCCCCACUCGCGGCAGCGGGAGUGCGGCCGCGCGCACGAGUCCCACGGUGGCCACGCAGACGGGCGCGUCAGCGACCUCCACGCGAGGCACCAGCCCCACGCGCGGCGCCGCGCCCGGGGCUCGCGGGAGCCCCCCACGGCCGCAGCCCCCGCCCCCCCUGUUGGGCACCGUGUCGUCGCCUUCCUCGUCGCCUACCCACCUGUGGACGGGCGAGGUGAGCGCAGCCCCACCCCCAGCCCGCGUCCGGCAGCGGAGGAGGUCCCCGGAGCAGAGCCGCUGCUCCCCGGAGAGGAGGAGCCCGAGCGCCCCCGUGUGCAAAGCAGGUGACAAAACACGACCACCUUCCUCAAGUCCUUCUACUAUUAUUCGCCGCACUUCCUCUUUGGAUACACUUGCUGCUCCGUACCUCGCAGGGCACUGGCCUCGUGAUAGUCAUGGGCAAGCUGCUCCUUGCAUGAGGGACAAAGCUACACAGACAGAGAGUGCAUGGGCUGAAGAAUACUCUGAAAAGAAGAAAGGGUCUCACAAGCGUUCAGCAUCCUGGGGCAGUACAGAUCAACUUAAGGAGAUUGCAAAAUUACGCCAGCAAUUGCAGAGAAGUAAACACAGCAGUCGGCAUCAUCGAGAUAAAGAAAGACAGUCUCCAUUCCAUGGCAACCAUUCGGCCAUUAACCAGUGUCAGGCUCCUGUUCAAAAGAGUACACUUAUUCCAGUAAUCCCCAUCACCAAAUCAACAGGCUCCCGGUUCCGGAACAGUGUGGAAGGACUAAAUCAGGAGAUUGAAAUAAUAAUUAAAGAGACGGGGGAAAAGGAAGAACAACUUAUACCACAAGAUAUUCCAGAUGGCCAUCGUGCACCUCCCCCCCUUGUACAGAGAAGUAGCAGCACACGCAGCAUCGACACACAGACCCCUGGCGGGGCAGACAGGGGAAGCAACAACAGCAGCCGCUCUCAGUCUGUGUCCCCCACGUCAUUCCUCACCAUCUCCAAUGAAGGUAGCGAAGAGAGCCCCUGUUCAGCUGACGACCUGCUUGUUGAUCCCAGAGAUAAAGAGAAUGGGAACAACUCUCCUUUGCCCAAAUACGCAACCUCGCCAAAACCUAACAACAGUUAUAUGUUCAAAAGGGAACCACCAGAGGGCUGUGAAAGGGUCAAAGUCUUUGAGGAAUGCUCGCCAAAACAACUUCACGAAAUCCCAGCCUUUUACUGUCCUGACAAAAACAAGGUGAAUUUCAUUCCUAAGAGCGGCUCUGCUUUCUGCCUCGUCAGCAUCCUCAAGCCACUCCUUCCCACACCAGAUCUUACCCUCAAGGGCGCUGGCCACAGUCUGACAGUCACCACUGGUAUGACAACCACUCUGCUGCAGCCUAUCGCUGUGGCCUCUCUGUCUGCAAACACAGAGCAAGACCGAGUCUCUCGAGGAACAAGUACAGUCAUGUCAUCCACCUCUCUACUUACACCACCAGAACCGAUAGAGGAAGCUGAAGGAUAGAUCCCAGUGCUGCGCAGACAUUGUUCCCUCAAAUCUCUUGACUGUGAUGGCAUCAUGAGCUCCCCAUUGGCUAUGACGUGCUCCACCUUUUCACAGUGACACGUCACUGUACAGCUUCUGGAAGGAAGCAGCCCUCCAAUGGCUUUGCUCACUAUGAAGACCAGCCCUCAGUGCUUAGCCUGCUUUUUCCUAAAGUGCUGGUUGAAACAAAAAAGGUCUCCUUCUUUACUUUUGGAGGGCUGAUAUCACAUUGCUUUUUGUUUUCAAAUUAAACUUUAGAAAUAAAAACACAACAAAAAAACUGACCCCUGCAAACAUGAUUCCUGGAGUCGUGAAUGAUGCUGCAAGAACCAUCUUUUAUAUGGAAAUGACUAUUUUAUAAUGCCAAUGUUACAUUUUCUGAAAUGUAGCAAGCAGAUGUUCAAAAGAUUCUUUGGUGGCCUCUGUUUCUUGUUUCCUUUUCUAGAUGUGUGCUUUUCUCCGCUGUUUUCAGCUCUGGGACCAAAGGGAUUGUUGACAUUUUCCCAGCAAUCUUAAUCUCAUGACUAUGUUUUUCUC